AUGACGCUCGAGAAAAUCCGUAAGGUGCUCUCUCAAUGUGAAAAUGGCGAAAAUGGCGAAAACGGCGAAUCCAUCAUGAAGUUCGAUAUGUACUUUUGUAACAAAGGAUGCCCGAAUGAGAUACGAAGGAGCGAAGAAGCAACUAUUUAUCUCCGCGAGAUACUCGGUGAUAACAAUAGUCUUUGCAUUAAGCUAAGCGAGAAACACGAAGAAGUAAUACCUCGUUUAAUUAAAGAGAAAAAGUUAAAUUGUGGCAUUCGAUGGACUGAAAAUGGACCAAAACAGUCUGAUAACAUAGCAUUCAAGUUUAACAGACAUGAAUUUGGAACACACCGCCCUGAAUAUAGAUGUAAGUUUGAAAAAAGUAACAAGAAACUCUGUGAUAAUGGCAUUGAAUGGAAACUUGAUUUGAAUAUGUCAUGGUUACCGUUUACCGGCUCGAUAGGCGCACACUUAGCGCAAAAGGGAUCAGAAGGAGUUGAACAUAAAUCAUGCCGGAUACUCGAAAGAUAUAGUCGAAAGACAUUAUUGAUGAAAAGAGAACAUAUAGCACCUUCUGAUGAAUUCAGGAAUGAAGUAAAGCAAGCUUUGGAGUUGGGAAGUCAAAAGAAGAGACGUGACGCACUGAAUGAAGUUUGCGAGAAAUAUGGGCAUUUUUGGGCGAGAACAGUACAACUGGGAGGAUUGAUUAUCAAAGACGAGGAAGAGCAUAAAGAAACCACUGUUCAAUCGGCUGGUGGGACAAUAGGCAUUGAUGCCACGCUGGGAACAGCACCGAUGGAAAUAAAUGGUGGAAUAAGUCGGAAUAAUGAAACGCUGAACCAAAACUCAUCAAGCAAUUCGGACAAGAAUAUUACAGUUGUUGGUGGAGACGAAACAGCUUACAAGCGUGAAGAUGAUAUAGAACGAUGGAUUGAAACACUCGAAGAUUGCUUUACCUGGAAGGUAGUAGAUUAUGAAGAUAUAGUCCCAAUAUUUGAACUUUUUGAAGAAACUACGCGAAAUGAUAUUAUCAAAGCAUUUGGACCAAGAAUAUGCUAUCAUGGGAUUAAUGAAUUGAAGCUUUUAAAAAAGACAUAUCCAUGUGUGCGUCCACUAAAAAUCAAUUCUGAUGUAUGGGAAGGAAUUAGGCAGCAUCAAAUUUUUGCAGAAGUCAUGUGUGAUGGCAAGAGUGAUGCAAUAUUUGCAGUGAAUAUUGAACAAAAGGCAAUUGGGCCACCAAAUAUACAUGUUUCCAAAGUUCGAGGAAGUAAAAGUUUUUUCAAGUUAUUUAGGAAGAGCUGCUAUAAGUUGAAAAUAGCCUACAUUAUUACGGGAUAUCCACAAUCAUUCAUCUCCCAAACAGUUGAUGAAUUAUCUGUUGAGGUUGAUGUUGUUGACGGAGAAAAGAGAGAUGAUAAGAUUGUUGCUUCAUUGCCAAGGAAUCCAGAUUUUAAUCAAAGCGUUGUCUUAAUGACUUGUUAUGUAACACAGCAGCCAACUGGUGCUGGCGAUUAUAUGAUAUUUGCAAUGCACCUUCACAAGGAUGGUACCAAUAAUAUUGAAGUAUGCAUCUCUGCCUACGGACGUAGUAAUAACGGUUCUUACCAAAUAGAAGAGUUGCCGCAAGAAAACAUUAAAAUUGCUUACUGUGAGAAAGGAUUGGCCUAUGUCGAUGAAACUGACGUAGAGACGAUAAGAUACCAAAGAAUGCAUGGAAUACCGUCAGCAAAUCGUGACCGUUCAAUUGAAGAGAACUUGAGACUCUAUAAAGAAAUGACUGACGCGACGGAGUUUGGUCAAACAUGCUGUCUUCGAGCCAAGAUUGACAUGAAUAAUCCCAAUAAAGCCUUGCGUGACCUUGUUUUAUACAGAUGCAAUCUUGACAAGUGGAAAGUAUAUCUUACUUACGAUUUUGUUUGUCCGAUCGUUGAUUCGGUUGAAGGAGUAACACAUGCAAUGAGAACAAACGAAUAUCAUGAUCGUAAUCCUCAGUAUGAAUGGAUACUCAAUUUAUUAGAACUACGAAAAGUUCAUAUUCGUGAUUUCAGCGUAAAUUACAAUAGUUUGGACGAAGGUCUUGUAACAGGCUGGGACGAUCCUCGAUUCCCACUGUUCGUGGCAUUCGUCUACGUUUUCACGCAAGGAGCGACGCAGAACGACGUUACGUUAGAGUGGGAUAAACUUUGGGCUCUUAACAAAAAGGUCAUUGAUCCUAUUGCACCAAGACACACCUCUAUCUUGACUGAAAACAUUGUCCGGGCCAAGAUUACAGGUGGUCCGGCCGAAUCUUAUAUAAAAGAUAUGCCUAAACAUAAAAAGAACCCCGACGUUGGUACAAAGAAGACCACCUAUAGCUCGGAGAUAUUCAUUGAGCAAGGAGAUGCAAAGACGUUUGGACUUGAGGAAGAGAUUACCUUAAUGGACUGGGGCAAUGCCAUAGUAAAGUCAAUCACUAAAUCAGAAGACAAUCCUGAAAUAGUGUCGACUAUUGAAUUGCAACUGCACCUGGAGGGUGAUUUUAGGAAGACAAAGAAGAAAAUCACAUGGUUAGCUGACACCGAACAUGUAGCGAAGGUUAAACUGGUUGAUUACGAUUAUUUAAUCAAUAAGAAGAAACUAGCUGAAAAUGAUGAUGUCAAGGAUUUUUUAACGGCGAAGACCGAAUUUCUUGACGAAGCGAUUGCUGACGGCAAUGUAAGAGAUUUGAAGAAAGGUGAUAUAAUUCAAUUUGAGAGACGUGGAUAUUACAUAUUUGACUCGGAUGCAUCGUCGGACGAUAUACGUUUCAUUCGUAUCCCCGACGGCAAAGCAUCUAAUGUGGCGUCUAAAGCAAAUAAUUGCUGCAUAAUUUGCAGUGAGCCAAACACGUCCAAUGUCUUUUUUAAUGUUUAUCCACAAUGCAAGUAA